GAACUUCACAAUGUGACACCGGCGGAAGUAAACAACGACGGGGCGCUAGGUUUGUUAGCUUUACUGAUGUUUGGAAGUUUUUAAAGACGACUGUGUUGUCUCGCAGGUAAUAUUUCAGGAGUUUAGGUAGUAAUGUCGUCAGUUCAACAUUUAGGUGACAAACGAGACACAAACCGCUGCUGCUGAAAAAAACAUCGUCCAGUACGAAGAAGAGAUGGAUCAUAACAUCUGGAAACCACAGCUAGCAUUACACACAGCAGACCUUCCACAGGAACAUGUCUCUAAGGAGGAGGAGGUUCUUGCUGACCAGCAUCACUGUGACCUGGAGAGGAACUCCAGUCUGGACCAGGGGGACCCAGAACCUUCACAAAUUAAAGACGAACAGGAGGAACUCUGCAUCAGCUUUAACCGAGAGGACCUAGAGCAUUCGCAGAUUAAAGAGGAACAGGAGAAACAUUGUUCCAGUGUAGAGCAGGAGGACCCAGAGCCUCUGUGGAUUAAAGAAGAACAGAAGGAAUUCUGCACCAGCCUGGAGCCGGAGGAUCCAGAGCCUCUUUGUAUUAAAGACGAACAGGAGGCACAUUGCAGCAGUCUCGAGCAAGAGGACCUAGAGAUUCCACAGAUUAAAGAGGAACAGGAGGAGCUUUGUAUUGGUCAGGAAGGAGAGCUGUUUGUUGUGAAGCUGGAGACUGAUACCUUCAUGGUGACUCCUAUUUAUGAGGAAAGUGACCACAGUGAACCAGAACCAAACAGUGACCAGCUCCCUUCUUACAUCUGUCCUUUAGGUCAGAGCCCAGAUGAAGAAGGAAGCAAGCAUGUAGAUAAUUUUCCCGUGUCAGAGACUCACUGUGGUACUGUUGCAGGCGAAAAGAAAGUAAAAUGUGAUAUUUGUGGAAAAGCUUUUAAGGAUAGUUACCAAAUGAAGAAUCAUUAUAGAGUUCAUACAGGUGAGAAACCAUAUGAUUGUGAAAUAUGUGGCAAAAGCUUCAGUCGAAGUCGAAGUUUGUUGCACCACAUGAGAACUCAUUCAGGUGAGAAGCGAUAUUCUUGUGAAACAUGUGGGAAAAGUUUCCGCCUAAGUUCUAAUUUGUUGUGCCACAGGAGAACUCACACAGGUGAGAAGCGGUAUUCUUGUGAAACAUGUGGGAAAAGUUUCCGUCAACGAGGACAUUUGCUGUGCCACAUGAGAACUCACACUGGUGAGAAACGAUAUUCUUGUACUGCAUGCGGCAAAAGUUUCAGUCAAAGUGGUAAUUUGUUACUCCACAUGAGAACUCACACAGGAGAGAAGCCAUAUUCUUGUGAAACUUGUGGGAGAAGUUUCAGUCGAAGUGAUAAUUUGACAGUUCACAUGAGAACUCACACAGGUGAGAAACCUUACCUCUGUCACACCUGUGGGGACAGAUUUACUCACACAUCAAUAUUAAAAAGUCACAUGAAAAAGCACACAAGUGAGAAACCUUAGGAAAUAUUUAUCAGACCUUAAAAAACAAAUGCAGCAGACCACUCAGGUGAGAAGCUGUCAUCUUGCAAAACAUCUGUGAGAAGUUUCAGGUGAAGUGGUAAUCUGGCUGUCCGACUCCCAUGGCUGAGAAGUCGUAGCUCUGAGACAUGCUUGGAGAAAAAUGGAACAACUUUCUCUCCUUCUUUGUUGGUACAAUAAAUGACACGUGGGUCAAUAUGACAAGAAUAUUUAUUUGAAUUUAGUAAGAACUCUUCAGAGGUUUUUGUGUUUUUAUCAUUUAAUUUUGUGCAUCUACUUUGCUGUAUUACACAGGUAAAUAUUAGACUCUGCAGUGAAGUUAGAUUCACUUGAGAGCUGUCAUUUUUGUACUUAUACAUGAAACUGUAUAUGGAAAAACAUCUCCUCUUUGACUGCCAAAAAAAAUCUGUUUUAGUUGAAGAUGUAAUUGAAAGUUAACCCACUGUCUCUGCUGGUGUCACGUUGACAUGUCUUCCUACCAGCCCUGUCUGAAAACAGUGAACUGGAUGAGAGUUCAGAGCAAAGCUCGGCUCUGAGGUGCUGUACUCAUACCACUGCAGUUCAAACUAUGAAGCUUCAGCUUACCUUUGAUUGUGACUGUUGUCUGUGGAAAGUUCUGUUGUAGAAGUGAAAGGAGAUUUUGUUGUAGAUUUUAAAAAUGACAGUGAAUGAACUAACCCUGCUUUGUUCCGAUGUUUCUUCUUGUUGCCAACACAAUCAAUAACUGCUUUUCUCAUCAAUGAGUCUUUGACACUCCAAUAUUGUCUCUGUUGCUUUUUAAGGAAAUUUAAUGUAUUAUAUCAUUUGUAGACUAGAAAUAAAAUUUUAAUGCUGUGA